CGUGCGAUGGCGUUGUUGAACUGAAGAUUGAUUUCGCUCCAAGCUGACAGGGUCUGGUCGAAGUUAACCGGCCUGCGGAGAUAUUUCUGAAGGGAUAAUUUUCGCGCCAUUUAGGUAGACAAUGUUUAGUGUGUUAGUGAGGGCGAAAUGAACAGCAGAAAGUGCAUCGAAACAUCGGAUUACUCCGAAACGGGUAAACAUUUUGUGAAUGCCGAUUACCGCGCCAAUAGGUAGACUAAACGAAGAAAACAGUUAGCUCAUACGUGAGAUUUAAAUUCAUUUAACUUAGAAUAGUGUUACAGUUUAGGAGGUUGAUUUUGAAUGAUUCAAACUCGCCGUUCAUCGAGUUGAUUUUAUUGUUCAAUUGAAACGGAUCAACGAUCGAAUACUAGCUUGUGCGUGCAGAUAUAAUACACCAUUUAAGUAGUAUUGUUAUAAAAACAGCUUUGAAUAAGUACUUCUUCGUAAUGGGACCGAUCUCGUGUAACGAGCCGACUAGGCCAAUUGAGUUAUUUGCAGAACUCGAUGACAUGAUGGAGUGUGACGAGAUCACCGAACACAAUGGUAACGGUGUGCCGUCUUCCGGCACCACCCUGGAUGAAGCGCGAACAUUCCGAGCCCCGUUUGAUAACGAAUACAUCAAGAAGAAAACAAAGACACCAGGAAAAAUCAAUGAGCUAAAAUAUUCCGCUCGUUUCACUCAUCAAACCAUGGACAUAAAACUUCACAGCGAAGGCUGUCUGAUGCUGGUGAACGACGAGCUGCUGGCAAAAGUGAUUAUCGAGGAACCGGAAAUACUGGAUAAAACUGUUGACUUUGAACAGGCCAAACAAGUUCUGUUGAAGCAGCUCAAGAUUGUGGAGGUGUAUUACGACUAUUUCACAACCCAACGAACAAAAUUCAGGAUCGAGUUUUUGAAAGCCCUCGAAGAAAUCAAAUCAAAAUCGGGAAACGAACGUGAAUUCGCAAAAGAUUGUAUUGCACUGUGGGGAAUACUCAGUGAUUUUGAGUGUUAUGGUCCAUUUAGCCAUCGUAGUGUUUGUGAAGAAAUUGUAAAAAAUCAUUCGUUUUCGGAACAUUUCAUUGAUAUUGCAACAAAGCUGCAUGAGGUCGAAUGCACUCUACUGCGACGAUCAGAUCUUCUUCCGUGUACUGCCGGGUUGAUGGAAACGGAUGUGUCGGAUUUGAUGAAAGCUCUAAAGCAAGUUCAAUCAACUGCAGUGGAAGUCCAUAGGAAGUAUCUACUCGGACAAGCACCAGAAUUUUUCUCGUUACACUUGAAGAAGGUAUCUCCGCAACUGAUCAUGUUUGUCCGUGAGAGCGAUGUGGAACUAUUCACUAAUCUGGCAGACAAUUUGGCUGAGUACUAUUUCCAGGAAGCGUUGGAGAAUUUAGCAAAACGAUUUGUCCUGAAGGUGAAUGCUAUAAAAAUCGGUGAAUUCAGUCGGGAAGAGUCUCUGACCGAUCCAGUUUACAUUCUUUUGUGUAAAUAUCUAGAAGAGUUGCUGGAAGAAAUCGAGGAAACGAAAGUUCUGGAGUUAUGUGACAUGAUCAUUCUGGACGACGCAGGUUGGCAUCCGGAUCAUAAGCUGAAAAGGAAAAAUGAAGCUUACUCGACGAAGUGCUUGGAACGGGAAUACUUAUUCAUUUUUAAGUUACUGCAGCACUUCGAGCCUGGUCCUAAAUCCGAGUGUAAACCAUUUGAGUACAAUCCGAAAACAUUGGUGUGUUCCGAAGGGCAAUCGGCAGAAAAAUUUAAUCUAUUGGUUGAACCCUAUCAAGCCCUGCAAGAAUCGUACGUUUGGUAUUGUCUGGUGGACGAUGCACUCUCAUCGUUUGCCAGUAAAAGCCUGCUCGUGGAUUACGAAGCUGUCCUGCGGAAGUAUAUCGCGUUGAUUCGUGAAGCAAGCCGUGAUCAGUUGGAACGCGUUCGAGAUUUGAGUCAUUGCCUAGUGCACUUUAUUGCUUGCACGAUUUGGAUUUCCGAGCAGGACAUGGAAGCGGAUUCAAAGGUUGAAAGACAGAUACUGCAAAUGCAGGUUAAUCAUCUUGUUCCGGAGGUAACCUUGGAUUCAAGCACGACGAACCGGUUUCGUGAUUUGGUGACGGUUUUCAUCAACUUUUGGAAUCGUAAAAGAAAUGUCAUUGCUUCCAUUCCUUCUAAGGUUAAACUGUCUGGAAUGAGUGACAUAGCGGAGGCACUGCUAAAUAUAGCUCUGGUGGCUUUAGAGAAAGAUGUGAAAACUGAACCACUGUUGGAAUUCAUUCGUGCUUAUAAUAGUUUUCUUGAUGAAUUUAAAGAUGUUUCGUUUGACUGGCUUAUCGAAGCCAUUCCUGGUCUUGAUAUUCAGAACGAAAUUCCCCGAAACAUGAUCAAGUUGGUUGAUGUUGGUUCAAAUCAUCAGAUCUUCCAGGUGACAGAACCGGUGAAAUUUAUUCAAAUUUUACAAAUCUUGCACAGUCAUGUUCAAAUUCCCAAACAUUACAUGAUUCUCAUUAUAAAGGCACAUUUGUCUCUUUUCCUGUUACAGCUGAAUAGAAAACAGUGGUCUAGUGGGCUUGAACUGUCCGAAACCGAUCAAAUAACUACCACAGCAACAUUCAUAUCAUCGAUGCGUAGACGUUUACCGGAUCUGAACUAUCAACUAGAUUAUGAUUCAUUCGAACAUUUUCUCACCACGAAAGUUGAACCCAUCAGCAGUUUAGUGAAAGACAGUAAAUCUGCCGGUGAUUUUGAAAGUCGAAUCCAAUACAAGAAAGAGCAACCCAACAGGGUGUGGGCAGAAAUAAAAAUAGAUUCCGUAACAACCCUAGUUAAAUACAGCGAAACAAAUCGCCUUCGCGAAGAACAACUACUGCGAAAAGCUUUCCAGCACUAUUCCGAUCAGUAUCAGCAGUACCUAAUUCUAGCUGAGGACAUUCGACUAACUCAAGUACUAGAAGAUCUGAAAACAAUUCCCAGAACACUAAAGUUCCAAUCGUGGGAUGAUCAGUUCAAGCAAGUUCAGCUUCCGAAAAUCCUCGCCGGAAUCGCAGUGCUGUGGUUCACCUUGGCCUACGAGACCGAAUCUGAUGAACUGAGAAACCCGAAACUACACAAUAUUCAAGCUAUGUGUAUUCUGCGGUUGCUAGGGGUGGAUAAACCAGGUCAAGGAGUGCCCAAACAUUUUGCCGGAAUCCCAGCGGGACAGGGAAAGACCCUAGCGGUUCGAUUAAUUGCCAUAUUGUUGGCUUUGACCGGGCAUUCGGUGUGCAUUUUUUGCUGUAAUGAACAACUAGCUACGAGAGAUUGCGCCGCUUUGGAGCAAAUUUCCACCCUCCUGGAAAUCCAAGAAAGCAUCAGUUAUACUACAAUUAAUAGGUAUCGUAAAUCGGAACCUAUACGAAUAAAUGGUCAACGAGUGAUGUACGCUGGAUCUGAACUCGAUUCAGACGAAUUUACAGCGACUUCCAAACGGUUAAUGACUGGAAGCUUGAAUAAGUCCGUGCUGUUAGUCGAUGAUGUGGAUCUCUACCGAAAGUGGUAUCGCUAUGAUCCUUCGAUUGUUGUCAUAUUGCCUGGAUUGGAUAAAAUUCAAUCUCAAGUAUGGAACAUGACGUCAAAAGAAAAGAAUGUUGACGUUGUCAGAAAAAGUAUUUUUGAGUACAUGGAGUCAUCCGAGUUUGCCGAAAAAAAUCGUUGGAAGAAAUUUUUCGAUGGUUCAGAUGGAUACGUUUUGCUAUCAAAAGGCAUUAGGAGCUACAAAUACUUCAACAAUAAGACUUUGUUCGAAGAACACUUAAAAGCGAUGAUCGAGAGUGCGUGCUACAUUCGUAAACAAACAUAUCCUUUGAACUCGGAUUACGAUAAGAUAUUCACCUAUCUGAAACAUGCCAAGAAAAAUGCUAAGAUUAUAACCGGAGAUAAAAUCAACUACGGUUAUAUAAAUAUUUCGUUCAUAUCGGAUCUGCCUUCUGUUGCGGUACUUGAUGAUUUCCCGCUCGUACUUGGUGUGUUCGGAAGCGCUUUCAUUCAGCUCGAAAAAUCUACCAGCGAACAGGUCUGCGGUAUUAAGGAGUGGACAGUUAUGCCUUCAGUUUUCGGCAACUCAAAACUUCAAUUCCGAAAGGAUCUCAAUUUCAGCAUCGAACAGGGAAAGAUGAAACGCAUUGCCGAUACGGCGAAUGCAAUGCUGGCUGCCCAUCGUUCGGUGAUUGUCGUAUUUGAGGAGUCUUUUCUGAUAAGCUUUUUCCUGCAUCAUCAUGGUGGUCAGUUCAAGCUACUUAACAUCGUAUCCGAGAAUACUCCCGACGCAGAAAAACAGCGAAUUAUCAAGAAGGCCGGUGUUCCCGGAACCGUCACUCUAGUUACGCGAGAUGCGGGCCAAGUCCUAGACUACAAAUCCAGUGGAGCCGUAGAAAAAGCUGGGGGAAUUCACGUGAUUCAGACGUUCUUUUCCGACAACCCGAUGGAGGAAAACCGGAUCAUGGGACGAACUGCCCGAAAUGGCAACAACGGCAGCUAUGAGCUUAUCGUUUGCUCACUUGCUGUAGAAGACAGUUCGUACGAAGAGAUUGAUGCAAUCAGAACAAAAUCGCGUAAGACCGAUCUGGAAACUAUUCCGACGAUGAUUCAGAAUGACUCUAAACUGAAUGAACAGAAAGGGGCGAUGAAAUCGUUUUCAAAUAUUUUUAAGUUUUAACUUUUUUCCGACGAACGUGGUUAUUAAUUCUUAAUAGCAUUAUUUGUGUUAGUCAUCAUAUUUGUGAUUAUAUGGUAAUAUAUUGAUAAGGUAAAGUAAGGUCAAGCUAGAAUACGCUAAUGAAAUAAGUAAAUAGUAAUCAACUGA